AGCAAACCCAAGACACGCUGCACCGCAGACUUGUCCAAAAUGGCAGACCUAGCACCCAACGCAACGCUUUACGUCCGCAACCUGGACGAGAAGAUUAAGAUUCCCGCCCUUAUAAAGGCGCUGAGGGACAUUUUUGGCGAAGUCAACCCUGUCGUCGAUGUUAUCGCCAAGAAGAGCAUCAAGCGCAGGGGACAGGCGUUCGUGGUGUUCGAGAGCGCAGAUGCGGCGCAAGAGGCGAUGGACACAUUACAAGGCUUAGACGUUCUGGGGCGUCCACUCGAGCUUGCGUUCGCGAAGACACGAAGCGACGCGACUGUAGUGAAAGAGGAAGGCGAAGAGGCGCUUGAGGCACACAAGAAACAGCGUCUCGCCGAGAAAGAGCGUAAACAAGCCCUGGAAGCGCAAGAAGCUGCUGCCAAAUCCGCCAAGCGCGCCGCUGAGCCCUCCUCUCUCGCCGAACGUCCAGCGAAGAGCUCGAAGCCCACAGCUGGUGCUAUGGCGGACGAGUACAAUCCGCCUCACAAGAUCCUCAUUCUGCGCGACUUGCCCAGCGACUACACUAAAGAAGCUGUCACCGCUGUCUUUCAACGCUUUCCUGGCCUCAAGGAAGUGCGCAUGGUGCCCGGGCGCAGUGGGUUGGCCUUCGCCGAGUACAAUGACGAGAUCGAGGCUGCUGUUGCGAGGGAGGCGAUGCAUGGCGUGACUCUGGGCGACAAGACUGUCAGAGUGACGUUCCAGCGAUCAGGAUAAAACACAGACUGCAUGAUGAGGCCACUCUAUUGAGCUCCCUGUCGAUGCUGCCGUCCGGUCGUGGGCUGCUAUUCUAUGCCCGUACGUGAUAAGCUUUGUUGAGAAACACUCGGUGGACUGCAUUAGGUCACAACUAUACAACUCAAUUGGAAGCAACAGGCCUCGCAAGACGUCGCAGAUCAAAGAGCGCGCGCAACUUGAGUCAGAUGGAGAGGCGAAGAAUAUGACUGUUGACGAAAGCGACCUUCUGGUACAGGGUCUCCCAGCGCUGACUCUCCAUUACAGCCUCCCGCAACAUACAGCGCAAGGAAAGCUCCGGCCAUGAUCAACACGUAGGCGAAGGCAUCCUUAUCAAGGUUGGCUCCGUACCCAUCAAUCCUCUCACCAAGGCUGAAGUCGCACACAUUGCACCAAAGUAUAGCCUCGACGGUAUUGCGAAUUACACAGCAAGCUGCCAGGGUACGCCCAAUAGCAAACUCUUGCUCAAUGGUACUCUCGAGUGUUCCCUCCGCCUGUAUUGAGAUACUGAGCCGUGGCCUGCUCCACACGGCUCAGAUGAUGAGUAUUUGUAUGAGAGCGGCGGGAAAGACCAAUUCUUGCAGUUAUCUAACUUGGAGCCUGCGCAGGACUUUUCUAGCGCGAACGACCCUUGAUCAUACGAGGUUGGCGGAAUGCCCGUGGUCCGCAGUCUGAGGUCUCAUCCUUGGUGGCAAGUUGGUGCUGGCGGCUCUUGUUUUCAUUGACGGGGUCCUCCCUCACUCAAGCCGAAACCGCCUCAUAUGCGACAGCCGUGCAAUGGAGUCUGAGCGCGCAAGCCCGCACCAACUGGUUGAUCAGUGUCAUUCAGUGACUUGAUUGCUAGGGAGUAUCGGGCCUAGAACUCAUCCAUUCAGUCCAUUUGCUCUGCUGAAGUUUUUGUCAACCUUUUUCUCAGGAUGCGAAACCCUUCCAACAGCUCGAAGAAAGGGUCUUCUGAUCCGUGAUCACACGUGGCGCUGUCUCGCACAUGCUCUCAAGAUGCAGGGACACAGCUACUUUUCGUGCUGUCGUAUCGUGGAAAAAAUGAGGCGCAAUUCUCACACCUCUCUGGAAAUGA